AUGGAAUUGCGCAUCUGCACUACGCCCAUUUAUGUUAAUACUCUGACUUUCAAGGGCGUUUGUGAGGAGAAGGGCGGAGAUUGGUGCAGCCUAAAAUGUCAAAUAGCAGGCGGGCGCGACGGUUAUUGCAACAAAGGAAAAAUCUGUAAUUGCAGGCAAUUGUAAGCUGAAUGCUCCAUGGAAUUGGAAAUACUUAUAAAUGUAAGCCCCUACAUACAUUGGGCAUAUGUAUAAAAUCUAUCACAAAAUAAAAACGGGUUUUGCUUA